AAAUUGACGUGGCAAAAGUGACAUAGAAUCCACGUUUCUGACAACGACGCCUGUUAGCUGGCAAGAAAAGAAGAUACCAUUGUUUAUCUAACCGCCUGUGACAAUUUCUUGGACGUUUUGAAGACUUUGUUGAUAACGCCAUGGGUUUAACGAUAAGCAGUUUAUUCUCCAGAUUGUUUGGGAGUAAACAAAUGCGAAUCCUCAUGGUUGGUUUGGAUGCUGCUGGGAAAACUACAAUCCUGUAUAAAUUGAAACUUGGAGAAAUUGUAACAACAAUUCCAACAAUUGGUUUUAAUGUAGAGACAGUAGAAUAUAAAAACAUCAGCUUCACCGUGUGGGAUGUUGGCGGCCAAGACAAAAUCCGGCCACUGUGGAGACAUUACUUCCAGAACACACAGGGAUUGAUAUUUGUUGUGGACAGUAAUGAUAGAGAGCGAAUAGAUGAAGCCAAAGAAGAACUCAAUAAAAUGCUAAAUGAAGAUGAGCUAAGAGAUGCUAUGCUCUUGGUAUUUGCCAACAAACAAGAUCUUCCUAAUGCACUGAGUGUUGGUGAAAUUACAGAAAGACUGGGUUUAAAUCAGAAGAGAGGAAAGCCUUGGUUUGUACAGACAGCAUGUGCUACUGCAGGAACUGGAUUGUAUGAAGGUUUGGAUUGGUUAUCAAACGAACUCACCAAGUGAUGCGUUUUUCCACAACAUUUUUAAAACAGCUCCUCUCAAUGCAAGGUCUUCGUCAUCAAAAUAUAACUCGGGAGAACUCAUUUGAACCAGAAUUAUACUAAGGAAGUUCUAGUCAAGUUCAAAACAGAUAUCAGAAUGUCUGUCAAACAAUGCGAUUGCGAUCAAUGUACCCACACCGAAAGUGAAGUCACACUCGGUGUGUGUUUUAAGUGGAACCAUUACAGAAAUUACAACCAACAAACUCUUUUAACUGCCAGUACUUUGUUGACGGGACUUUGCCUAAAUAAUAUUUCCAGACUUGGUAGCAAUAUGUAAGAUUUUUGCUUUUUAUUGAAGUGGAAAAAUUUAGAAUGUGUUAGUAUAAAAAGUGAGUUUUAUGACGAUUGACAUUGGAAAUGUAUCGGUGCCAUGAGGAUUUCUUUUUUUAAUUGGAUUAUCUCCCUUUAGGCAUGUUGGGCUGUGAUCUUUCUGAAAUCCUCAAAGCAACUUGUAUACACUGUAGGUGAAAAUUGUUUCAGUUUAGGUGUAUAUUGAUUCAGUAUUGGGGGGAGGGGGGCAAUAAGGGGUACCAUAAGGAUAUUUAUAGAUUGGAAAGGUUCUCACCAAUAAUCAGUACAGGAAAAAGAGAGUGCUGUGGAUAAAAACAAAUAUAUUGUAAAUAUUCAUAACAAAAUUUUAUAUAUACACAUCAUCAAUGCUUAUAUCAUACAUUACUUUGGUAGUCUCCAAUUAGUAAGCAUGUCAUUGAGACUGAAUAUUCUUUCUGUACUUUAUGUCGCUUAAAUUUCUCAAACCAUAUAACCAUAUGAUGGUUGACUGUUGAAAAGAAUUGUUAAUUGAAUGUAAUCCAUUAUAGGCAGGUACAGAAUCAGAUUUAAGUUUAUACACUUUUGAUGAUUUAGUGGGAAGGAGGAGAUGUCACCAGAUUCAUGUUUCACUGUUUCUGAUAGUAUGCUGCUAGGUUCUUGUCUGAAGGCAAUGGGAAUAGUCCAAAUGUUCAUUUUAGAAAAUGAGAAUGGAGCUUACUUGCAUUUAUUGAAUUGGAAGUAUUUGAACAGAUGCUAUUUACACUGUAGUUGUGGAAGGACUUUCCAGAUCAUGUGUAUUUGACAUCAGUUAACAAUAACAAUAUAGCUAGGAUGAAAGGAUUUGGAUUUGGAAGCAGUUGUAUAAAUGUAUUUAAAAUAUGUGAAAAAGGGCGUAUAUAUGAAUAUGAGAGACUGAAAGCUGCAGGCUUCCAUUCUACGAUGUAUACAAACCAGAAAAAUCUGUUCAGAAUUUUGAAUUGUGAAUAACUUUGUUUCUCAUGCUCUUAUUCUUUUUAAUUGUAUAUUGUGUCUAUGUGUAGGGUUUGAGUGAUAUUGUGGUAUGAGGGGGUGGGGGAUAACUAAACAGUAGGACUGUGUUAUGCUUUAACUCUUGUAGAGUCAAAGUUGUUUUUUGUUCCUGGAACAAAGUUUGAGGGUGUAAAAUUUCUCUAACACUUAUAAAGUAACUGAGUGGUCUUUCAUUUUUUAUCAGAAAGUUAAUGGAGCUUUUGGUUCACAAUUUUUGUCAGAUUCCCUGAAAUAAUGUGCUGUUUGUUAUCACUUAAUGCCAAAAGGAGGCAUCAGUCCUUGUAUGAAAUUCCUGUAGCAGGGAAGCCUAAAAAGUAGCCACUUCCCAGCAAAAGUGACCAGAUUUAAAGACUCAGAAUUACAGACAUUUCUGUUAAAAAAAAGAGGCUAGCUGGGUAGUGGGACAAGAAAUUGUGACAAUAUAAGCUAGACUCAUUAUUGUUUUUCUUGUUGUAGGUUGAUUGGAUGUUACAAUAUUGGGUACUUAUCUCCUUGUUUUAAAGUAGUAAUGUAUUCAAUGAAUGCUGAUUUUUGUGACAGUGUUUUAUUUCAUGUAGUGGCUACUUAAUUUUACUUUGGACAGAGUCCUGCACAAAAUUCCAAUAAAUUAUGUUAUGUCUAUUUAAGACCAAUUUAUGAAUUCGGAAAUUAAAAGUAAAAUAUAUGUACAUAUGUGUAUGUAUGUAUGUAUGUAUGUAUGUAUGUAUGUAUAUGUGAUAUAAACCAGAACAGUUUAAAAUUUGUUUACAGUGAAGAUAGGAAAUUAUUAGAGAAGGAAGACUUUGAGGGAUAAAAUGGUUGUACUAGUAUUUCAAAGUUGGAUCUAUUCAUCAAUGUGAAAUCUGUACAGGUAGUGAUUCAUGAAUAAAAGUGUGAAUGGA